GGGGACCUGCAUUCGAGAGGUGGCAGGACACCAGUAUAAGUGACAAGAGAAUCUUCGCUUCCCGAUCAGCCGCGCGUGCUCCUGCGCCGUCGGGCAAGCUACAAGUGCAUCGGAACGCUAGUGAACAGUGGAAAAUGCGAUCAUAGAUCUAGAUACAUAAUUAGAAUGUCCGGGAAAUGAAGGAGAGGCCAAGUGGAAUAGAGUAUCGUAAAAUCGAAGAAAAAUAAAAGAGAGCAUUCCAUGUUCGAAGUUGAAGAUGUCAACAGUGUUAUUUACCAUCCAAGAGUACUCCAAGAUCGAAACCUGCAGCUAUUGACGAACGCGAGCGAUGUGGAGGUCCUCUGUGGCCCUCACACAGAGUUGCAGACUUGGGUGCCCAAUCCAAUCGCCAAGACCUGUCCACAUGCUGCGGCGCAAGGUUACGAACCGGAAGACACUCCUUUCAGGUCAAUAAACCGUCGAUGCGAUAGGGAUUGGUGGUGGAAAUUGAAAGAAGCAGGAAAAACAAAUAAAAGGGUGAAAAAGUGCACUAAUGGUGAGGCCCAGAGUCGAAGGGUCGCCUAGAGAGAACCAGAUGAGACUCGUACUCGAAAACAAUUUGCCAGUGAAGGUU